UCGAUUAGCAACAGGCGGGGAAUAGGAAAAUCCAAGCCAUGCGUGGCUAUGUCCUUCGAUAUUUGUCCGUUUUAGAUGUCUAAAAGGGAUACUUGACUUGGGCAUGCAGUUAUAAACAACUGGAUUCCAGAGACGUCUUUAAUUCAUGUUGUAUCUCAAAACAAUAUUAUUUUAAACUAAAAUACUGCGGCUCCGGCCCACACGCGCGCAUUUCUGCGAAGCUAGCUAGCUAGCAGGAUAGUGGCGAUGCUGUGUUGCGAGCAGCUAUUCUGCUGAUGUACAAAGAGUUUGGCUUGAAAGUGUUUCAUGCUUAAAGUGCAAUGUCUGGAUUUAACUUCGGGACGGGAACACUCGGUUCCACCAGCGCUGGCGGAGGAUUUGCAUUUGGAGCAGCAACCAGUGCACCUGCGGCCAGUACUGGUGGCUUCUCGUUUGGUAAUGCAUUGGCUGCCACCCCUGCCUCUACCACCACCACCACCACUACCAGUCUCUUUGGUCAGAAACCUUCUGGAGGGUUUUCAUUCAACACGCCUGCCCCAGGUGCUGCAGCCGCUCCGACUGCUGGACUAACUUUAGGGGCCCCAGCUUCUACAACAGCCUCACCUGGCUUCAGCAUUGCCUUCAACAAACCCACUGGCUCAGCUGCCCCGUUCUCCCUCACCGCUGCUACCACCAGCUCUGCGUCUGUCCCCACUGGGACAGGUUUAACAUUCGGCUCUGUCCUGACGUCGACGGCGCCACAGCAGCCCACGGCGACAGGCUUCACACUCGGCCUCAGCGGCACGACAACCACGGCAGCUGUCCCAACGGUUCCUUCACUGGGCACGGGUCUCUUUUCCAGUACCGUGGCUACAGGUUUGGGUCAAUCCACUCUUGGAGGAGGAGGGUUAACAUUAGGUUCUUUAUUAAGCACUUCAACAGCAGCAACGGCAGCCCCUACUCCCAGUAUUGGCUUGGGUGGGGUUGACUUCAGUACGUCCUCUGAGAACAAGAGUGAUGCCUCAUCUGGAGCCAAUGCACAGGACAGUAAAGCUUUAAAGGAUGAAAACCUGCCUCCAGUUAUUUGUCAAGAUGUUGAGAAUUUCCAAAAGUUUGUCAAAGAGCAGAAACAGGUUCAGGAAGACAUCAGCAGGAUGUCAUCCAAGGCAAUAUCCAAAGUCCAGGAUGACAUCAAGACCCUCAAGCAACUUCUCUCCGUCAGUGCUAGCGGUCUGCAGCGUCAGGCUCUGGCCAUUGACAAGCUAAAGCUGGAGACUGCACAGGAGCUGAAAAAUGCUGACAUAGCACUGCGUACACAAAAGACUCCCCCUGGACUUCAGCAUGAAAACACUGCUCCAUCAGAUUAUUUCCGCUGCCUGGUAGAGCAGUUUGAGGUGCAACUGCAGCAGUACCGACAGCAGAUUGAAGAGCUGGAGAACCACCUAACCACACAGAGUAGUGGCUCUCACAUCACCCCUCAAGACCUGACCAUGGCCAUGCAGAAGUUGUACCAGACGUUUGUUGCCCAGGCUGCUCAACUCCAGUCUGUCCAUGAGAAUGUAAAGAUCUUGAAGCACCAGUACCUCUCCUACCGCCGGGCCUUUUUGGAGGACUCGACCGACGUUUUUGAGUCCAAACGGGAGUCGAACAGGAAGUGGCAGAGCACGCCGCGCGUGACAACUGGUCCGGCACCAUUCUCAAGUGUGCCAAAUGCUGCAGCGGUUGCCAUGGCAGCCACACUGACCCAGCAACAGCAGCCAACUCCAGGGAACCAGGCACCCUUGGGAGGAGGGUUUGGCAACCCCUUUGCCACAGCAGUGGGCACUAGUUUGGGCUCGACCACUUUGGGAGGUUUUGGCGCAAGGCCAGGAUUUGGUGGGGUGGGGACUGGGGGUACUUCUUUUGCCUUCGCCUCCACCACUAAGCCCACAGGAGGCAGUCUGAGUGCAGGUUUUGGAGGAAGCAACACCUCUGGCUUUAACUUCAGCAACCCUGGCAUUAACCCCUCGGCCGGACUUACCUUUGGGGUAUCCAACCCGCCUGCUGCCGGCUUUGGCACCGGGGCGCCCCUGCUGCAGCUCAAGAAGCCCCCUGCCGGUAAUAAACGGGGCAAAAGAUAGAAUCAAGACCAGACCCAAAGAAGCUUCAAGUUCGGGUGUUGUAGCUUUCUUUUUUUAAUUUUUUUUUUUUUUUUUUUUUUUAAGCCUGCUUUCCCAAAAGCAUGCAAUCACUGGACAAACUUUAGGGAUGCUGGUCUGGGAUUUCCUAUCCAUUAUUGUUCACUGCCUUCCAUUCCAUUUGAUUAUAACGUACUUGGUCUUUGGUCUAUUAGGUUGAUACCAAAAUGUGCCACACAUAUGGAAUCAUCGUAAGAGGAGAAUAACUACAUAAUUAUUUAUAUAAAGAUGCAUCUAUAAUCAAGGACCAAAACCAUUUUAGACAUUGACUUUGAGAAAGUGUUCCAUAUGAGAACAUGCACCUCAUUGCUUUUGGUAAGGUCAGCUCUGGCUGACUGACCCUGGCAAAUUCUUGUGAAGCAUAGAUGUCUUCGCCCCGAGUUCCGUCCAGAAAAUUGAGUUAGGGUUUAUAGAAACAGUCCUACUAGUUGGCCAUUUAAGAGUCCGGCUAGGCAUACUUUUAUUUUUAUAACAGAAGGUAAGAGGUAAAGGGUGAAAAGCAUCAUGAUAGUGAGUCUUGAUAACUUGUUUUUGGUUUUUUUGCUUAGACGUACCAAUUUAUAAUUUCAGUUAAGUGGUUGGCUGUGUAUCUCAAGAUAAUUCAAAUCUUUUAGAUCCACUGUACCAAGAAGUCAUGCUAAACGUUUGUCCCAAGACUGCUAAUGUGCAUGCGUACAAUUGAGCUUUUUCUGUUGGUCUCUUUUUUUUCAUAAUUUUUUUUGUUUAAUUUUUUUUGUCAGUCAACAAUUACUGGUUGUUGUACUUUUAUUUUCUAAUCACGAUCUGUACAACUAUUUUCAAAAAGUUGUUUGAUAAUAAACUUUCGUAUAUGAUGCUUAGCCUGUUUAUGGCAUCACUUCAAUAAAUGUUUGCUAGAA